AUUUCGAGAGUCGUUUUGGAUAUUAUGUUCAUUUGGCAGAACGCUUUGAUAGAUUCCAUCACACGAAGUUUCAAUUAACUUACAAACAGCAGAAGAUGGCAGACUCUGAUGAUGAUGUUCCACAACUAUCAGCUCAGACUUUGGCUAUGUUACAAGAAUUUUAUACAGAACAAGAAGAAAUAGACAAAAAACUUGAAGAAGCUCAACAAGGGAAUAUAGAUAACUUUACACCACAAGAAGAUUGGCAAUUAAGUCAGUUUUGGUAUAAUGAUAGUACAGCAACAAGACUAGCACAAGAAGUUAUUCAAGCUGCUGGUAUCAAUGGCAAGAUUGCAUUUGUUAGUUCACCUACAGCAUAUAAAAAAUUUCGAGAAAUCAAGAGAGAAGAUCUAAGUGCUAAGUGUUUGGAAUUUGACAAUAGAUUUAAGGUCUAUGGUGAAGACUUUAUCUUUUAUAACUAUGAGGAACCAUUGAAUCUGCGUGUUGAGUUAAAAGGACAAUUUGACAUUGUGUUAGCCGAUCCACCAUUUCUCUCUGAUGAAUGUAUAGUAAAAACAGCUCAAACAAUUCGCUAUUUAACUAAAAAUAAAAUAAUUGUGUGUACAGGUGCUGUAAUGGAAGAAAUGGUAGGAAAAUUAUUAGGAUUGAAAAGACAAAAAUUUAAACCACAACAUGCAAAUGGUCUUCAAAAUGAAUUUUGUUGUUUCACAAAUUAUAAUUCAGAUCUGCUAAAUAAAGACUAAAAUUUAAAG